UCAUUGAUGCCGUCCUCACCUUUUUAAUUUUCUCUCUCAUCCACCAACCCUCUAUAAAACCCCCACUUUACCCACUCAAAUCCUUUCAAAAAUUAAUCUCUUUCUUCUCCCAUUUUCUCUCUCCUAAAAAAUACUGUAAAAUGACCACAAAAAUGCACCCAAAUAUCGGCGGCGCGUCUUUCUCACUCUCCUCUCAAUCACCCAGUUUCACUUCUUACUCCUCCGAAAACAUCGCUGAUAUUGCUGCUCGUGUUGUUAAGGAGCUCAAUUUAUCUCAAAACGACCCGUUUGAUGAUGAUUAUUACUCCUCCGUCACCUUCAACGACGCGUUUCAUGAUACCCCUCUAAACGACACCGUUCAACCCCAAAACGACGACAACAACAAUGACGAUGAAGUUGAUGACGAUGAGGAGAGUGAGUUCGAGUUUGCGAUUCUGACAGGGGAAGAGAAUUCAUCCCCAAUUUCAGCCGAUCAGAUCUUCGACAACGGUCAAAUAAAGCCGAUGUUUCCAGUAUUCAACACCGAUUUAGUUUACGGCGGAAGUAGUUGUGGUUUUUCGACUACAACUUUUCCUCCAACAACCAUCCGCGUACCGCUGCGGAAGCUGUUGGAGGAGAGGGAAACGAGCGGGAAUGGGGCCGUAUCUUGUUCGUCAUCGGAAGCGGAUGAUCUCGAAGGGGUCCCACCAGGUACGUACUGCGUGUGGACCCCGAAGAAGAAGGAAGAGGUGAUGAUGAUGAAGAAGAAGAGUAAAUCAACGGGGUCUUCUAAAAGGUGGAGGUUUAGAGAUUUGUUACAUAGGAGUAAUAGUGAUGGGAAGGAUACUUUCGUCUUUUUGACACCCUCGAAUAAUCAUAAAAGUAUCGGUGUCGGUGUCGGCGGUGGUAGUGGUGGCGGAGAUGGGAGGAGGAGGGAGAGAACGGUGACGGUUGGAGGGAGGAAAAAAAGUGGUGUGGAAGCGGGAAAGAUGAAAUCGUAUUUACCGUACCGUCAAGAUCUUGUUGGGUUUUUCGCUAAUGUGAAUGGGAUUAGUCGGACGGUUCGACCUUUUUAAAUUUUGUCCGGAAUUAAUAGUUACGUUGAUGUACGGUGGUUAGUAACGGUAAAUAUUUGGGAGUUUUGGGGGUAGGCAAAUUUUGGGAUGACUUCAGUUGUUGUUGAUGAGUAUUGCUAUAUUUGAAUGUAAAUAUUUAAGAUCUUACUUGUUUUUAUUGAAAGCCAAAAAAAAUGAAAAAAGAUUCAUGGAAAUGCAAAAAUUGUUAAUGUAAUCUUCUUUCUACUCA